AUGAUAAAAAUCAAUGGUUGAAGGUGGAUCUCAGCGCACUGGCAUUUGUGACAGCAGUUGCAACGCAGGGACGUCAUCGCUCGACUUCUAACCAAUGGGUGAAAAGCUACUGGAUUUCCUACAGCGUCGAUGGAAUGACUUUUCAAGAGUACAAAAUCAACCAAGCCAGAAAGAUCUUCAUAGGUAAUUUAGAUCGAGAAACAGUUGUUCGACACAUACUUUCUCCAGUAAUCUACGCUCGGUUCGUAAGGUUUCAUCCCAACACGUGGAAUGUACGUAUCUGUAUGAGAGUUGAGGUGUAUUCCUAUGGAAGAGACUUCCCUGCCGAUCUGGGAAUAGAAGACAAAGAAGUCCAAGAUAGUCAGCUUACCGCCUCAUCUGAAUUCGAUUACCAACAUGCAACUUACAUGGGGAGGCUUAAUUACCAGUUAGGAAUCGCGAUUUCAUGGACCGCCAAAUAUAUGAACACCAAUCAGUGGUUUCAGUUUGAUCUGGGUCACACAAUGCUUGUGACUGGCGUUGUCACACAGGGAAGAGGAUCGGGAGAUUAUAUCCAAUAUGUCAAAGCAUAUAAGAUAAGGUACAGUCUUGACAAUACAUACUGGGUGUGGUAUAAAGAGUAUUCUCAAGUUAAGGUUUUCCCUGGAAAUUCAGAUGUUACUUCAUACGUAACAAAUAUGUUCAACCGUGAUGUUAAAGCUCGAUCAAUUCGCAUUAACCCUACGUCAUGGCAACUGUAUAUUUCUCUGAGAGCAUCAGUGAUUGGACGUCGCAAAGGAAAGCUGGGUUCUCCAGUUUUCACCAAUCAGAAAGCCCCUUCGUAUAUAACAGUCUACAAAAACCACGAUGUGACAUUAAACUGUGAAACAGUUGGCGACACACCGAUUACGGUCACAUGGACACAUAAAGGCAAAGUCCUUCACACUAACCAAACACAUCUCACCCUGAGUAAUGUGAAUACGACUCAGGAAGGAUUCUACAACUGUAAUGCUACCAAUAGA